AUGGUGCGAGACCGCUCCCAGUCUGGCUUCUGCCCCAUUCCAAGCUGUAAACACCCAAUCUUCACUUCAGACGCGGGAUUACUGCAACAUCUCCUUGGGGUUCACCUCGAGCAGUGGGAGAUGUUCCAGACUGACCCGCGUUUCAGCACUCUCCUAGAGUGCCAUCUCUGCCAAAAGGUCUACCCUCAAAACCGGAAUGGUCAAACCUCUCUGAGGAACCAUUAUCGCGAGGUGCAUCAGGGAGAAGGGGUCUCGAAGGCCUCUUCCAUCGGCCUCAAGGAGUGUGCUCAGCACAUGCUCACGGGCAAGGUGGUGAGAAUACUGACUCGUCCCACGAGCAGGCGUGCUAAGAAGCCGUUUAAAGAUGCUCCGCACCCGCCCGCGCUUGACAGCAAGCUCAGAAACGUGGAUCAGGCUCGCCUGAUCAUUCAGUUCACUGAAUCUUGCAAACCCUGUCGGCGAGGCAUUGGGCAUCACUCAGUGAGCGAUCUGCGAGCCUGGCAUCCUGGGGGCGCUCUCGCAGCCAAGUACGACCGCCAGUGCCCUGUUCCCGGCUGUGGGCUAUGGUACCCAAGGGCGAAGCUGCUCCAUAAGCACUUGAAGAAGUGCCAUCCAGACUUUGAGUUUGGCUUGGACCAGCAGCUGCAGCCUUUGCGCCUGGACAGUGACUCUGGAAGUGACACUUCCAGUGUCAUUGGCAAGGCCGUCACCGACUCCCUGGACUACAUUGUAAACUCAGACUCUGAGUGCUCUGUUAACUGCUUGCAACAGUCAUUGGACUCGCGGGCAGAUUCUGGAACUCCAGCCUCAAUACGGAUUGUAGAUGAGGAUUGA